GUGGACCCAAUUACCAAAGAAAUUUUAAAGAAUGGAAUCUGAAUGGUUUUUGUUGUUGGGUAGCAUUUUGUUGGGAUGGUACAUUUUUGGUAAGAAAGUAGUGAGAAAUAUGAAUGAGUGGUAUUAUGAUAAUAAAUUGAGAAAGAAAGAAUACCCACUACCACCUGGUGACAUGGGAUGGCCUAUUGUUGGAAAUCUAUGGCCCUUUUACAAAUAUUUCUCAUCCGGCCAACCUGAUACUUUCAUCAACAAUAUUGUCAACAAAUAUGGGCGAAAUGGUAUCUACAAGACACACUUGUUUGGGACACCAAGCAUCAUUGUCACUGCACCAGCAAUUUGCAAGAAAAUAUUGGUAGAUGAUGUAAACUUUAAGCUUUCUUAUCCAAAAGCCUUGAUUCAACUAACACAACCUAGACGUGCAAAUAUGAAACAUAGAAAUCUGAAACGACUACUCAUGGCUCCUAUGGCUGGUCACAAUGUGUUAGCAAUGUACUUAGAGUUUGUGGAGGAUGUUGUGAUCAAUAAGUUAGAAGAAUUGUCCAGCAUGAAACACCCUAUUGAGCUCCUUAAUGAGACAAGGAAUAUUACUUUUAAUGUUAUCCUUCACAUUUUUAUCGGCCCUUUUGAUCAAGCUGUCUUUAAAAAAUUUGGAGAUUUAUUUAGUAUUAUGUCUACUGGCCUUUACACUAUAGUUCCCAUAAAUGCACCUUUUUUGCCAUUCAGAAAAGCACUUCAGGCCCGAAAGAAGUUAUGCAAAAUAGGUCAAUCUAUUAUUGAAGAAAGGAGAAAGAUGAAAAAAAAUGGGCAAAUUGGGGAAAAGAAAUAUCUUGUAGAUAUUCUUAUGGAAGUUGAUGACAACAUGGGUAAAAAUUUGGAGGAUGAGAUCAUUAUUAACUACCUAAUCCUUUAUCUAUUUGCUGGUCAUGAAUCAACUGCAACUCUUAUGAUGUUGUCAAUUACAUAUCUUACACAAAAUCCACUUUGUUUGAAAAAAGCCAAGGAAGAGCAAGAAGAAAUCGUGAAAGCAAGACCAUCCACACAAAAAGGAUUAAGUAUUAUGGAAAUUAAAAAAAUGGUUUAUCUUUCUCAGAUUAUUAAUGAAACAUUACGGUUGGCUAAUAAUGCCUUUGCAAUAUUUAGAGAAGCAACAACAGAUAUCAACUUCGAUGGUUAUUGCAUACCAAAAGGAUGGAAAGUGAUAGUUUGGCCGAGAGCUAUUCAUAUGAAUCCGGAGUUUCACUCAGAUUCAGGAGCAUUUAAUCCAGAUAGAUGGAAUGAUUAUAAUUCAGCAACAGGAACUUUUAUUCCUUUCGGAGUAGGACCACGACUAUGUCCAGGAAAUGAUCUAACCAUAUUUGAGACAUCAAUAUUUCUACAUCAUUUCCUCCUUAAUUACAAGUUGGAGCGAAUAAAUCCGGAAUGUGCUUUUACUAAUUUACCCACUAAUAAGCCAAUAGACAAUUGUCUCGCCAAGAUCGUAAAACUCUCUAGUUCUUAAUUAGUCAUUAAGCUAAAUCAAAAUAAAUUUGAGUCAUAUAUUUGCUUCUAAAAUAAGCUUGCUUGUCUCGCCCUUAUAAGAGACCUUUAAAUUCUUUGUUUUCUGCAUGUGUGUAUGUAUAAUUAUUAUUAAUUAAGCAUUUUUUUUUCAACCGCAUUAAUUAAGCAUGUAAGCAAUGUAAGAGGUGCGUAUCCUUCUAUCUGUUUUAUUUUAUUUUAAUUAUUUGUUUUAGUACUUUAAA